UUCUUUUAUCUUUGGCUCGUGUUCCGUUGAACCGUUUCUGUGGGGCGUGGGUUUAACUUUAGUAUCCGUUCGGUAAACCACUUAACCGGUCACGCCGAACUCCGACUGAAAUAUAAAUUAUUUUAACUAACAUUUCUUCAUUAAUUUCAACAAGAAUCCAUCAAAAUGCGUGAGUGCAUCUCAGUACAUGUUGGUCAAGCCGGAGUUCAGAUUGGUAAUGCUUGCUGGGAGCUCUACUGUCUUGAGCAUGGCAUCCAGCCUGACGGCCAGAUGCCAUCAGACAAGACCAUUGGUGGUGGUGAUGACUCCUUCAACACCUUCUUCAGCGAGACUGGUGCUGGCAAACAUGUUCCCCGCGCUGUCUUUGUUGACUUGGAACCCACAGUAGUUGAUGAGGUCCGAACUGGAACAUAUAGACAGUUGUUUCAUCCAGAACAACUUAUCACUGGUAAGGAAGAUGCAGCAAACAACUAUGCCCGUGGUCACUACACAAUCGGCAAAGAGAUUGUUGACUUAGUCCUGGACCGUGUCCGUAAACUUGCUGACCAAUGCACAGGUCUCCAGGGCUUCCUCAUCUUCCACUCCUUCGGUGGUGGUACCGGUUCUGGUUUCACUUCCCUGCUCAUGGAGCGUCUCUCAGUUGACUACGGAAAGAAGUCUAAACUUGAGUUCGCCAUCUACCCAGCACCACAGGUCUCCACUGCUGUUGUUGAACCCUACAACUCAAUCCUUACCACUCACACAACUUUGGAGCACUCUGAUUGUGCUUUCAUGGUUGACAAUGAAGCUAUCUAUGACAUAUGCAGACGCAACUUGGAUAUUGAGCGCCCUACUUACACUAACUUAAACAGACUUAUUGGCCAGAUUGUGUCAUCCAUCACUGCCUCCCUGCGUUUCGAUGGUGCCCUAAAUGUUGACCUUACUGAGUUCCAGACUAACUUAGUACCAUACCCACGUAUCCAUUUCCCAUUGGUGACAUACGCCCCAGUCAUCUCAGCUGAGAAGGCCUACCAUGAGCAGCUCUCUGUAGCUGAGAUCACUAACGCUUGCUUCGAGCCAGCUAACCAGAUGGUUAAAUGUGACCCUCGUCAUGGUAAAUAUAUGGCUUGCUGCAUGUUGUACCGUGGUGAUGUAGUCCCCAAGGAUGUCAAUGCUGCCAUUGCCACCAUCAAGACAAAGAGGACCAUUCAGUUUGUCGACUGGUGUCCUACUGGUUUCAAGGUUGGUAUUAACUACCAGCCACCAACUGUCGUCCCAGGAGGUGACUUGGCUAAGGUACAACGCGCCGUCUGCAUGUUGUCAAACACCACAGCCAUAGCUGAAGCAUGGGCCCGUCUCGACCACAAGUUCGAUCUUAUGUACGCCAAGCGUGCCUUUGUUCACUGGUAUGUUGGUGAGGGUAUGGAAGAAGGAGAAUUCUCAGAGGCCCGUGAGGACUUGGCUGCCCUGGAGAAGGACUAUGAAGAAGUCGGCAUGGACUCCGUCGAAGGUGAAGGCGAGGGUGCUGAAGAAUACUAAGUUAUUAUAACAUUGACUUAUUAUUGUAACAUUUACUAAAAUAUUCCAAAUAAACAAACUAAAAGAUU